CGACACCCCGCAACGGCCGCGAGGCGACCGCGCCAUCUGACUCUUCCUCGUCGCCUUUGCCCGCCCUGCAAGCUUCCGCCUACUCCCUCCCACGCGUUUCUCGAUUUCUCCAGGUCCGGAUCUCGCGACCCCUCUGCCGCGGCAUCGGCAUGGCGUACGUGGACCACGCCUUCUCCAUCACCGACGAGGACGACCUGGUCGGCGGCGCGGCGGGGGGCCCGCGGGGCGCGCCGGUCAAGGAUAUCGCCUUCGCCGCCGCGCUGCUCGCGUUCGGUGUCCUCGGCGUCGUCGCAGGAGCCUUCAUGGCCGCGCACCGCGUCGGCGGCGACCGCGCCCACGAGCUCAACGGUGGGGCACGAACCCGACUUGAAGUUUUAUUGUCAAAAAUGGUCCAACCGGAUCCAAGUCAAGAUUAGCCAAGAUAAAAUGCCUCAGAGCCAUGGAUAAUUACUUCAAUAAGGAAACCAAAGGCCAUUUGUUCGAUCACUGUGCUUGGCAGUUGGCAUGGAAUUGUGGAUUCAUGUACAGAUGGAAUUGCUUUUACAAACUUUUGUUAUGCUUACUGACAUUCAAGCCCAGUAGCCGCACUGAAGCCCCCAUGUCGGCAAUUUUUUUAAGUCCUGUAAAAGUUUUUUUUUUUUUUUUUUUGCUUGUUCCAGUCACUGAAUGCAAAGUAAAUUUUGCAUAACGUUGUUAAGCAUGUGGUGCAUGCUAAUACAUUUCUAAGGAAGGACAAUUGUUUUAGUCGCUUUAUGCAAAGUUCUUUUUUGCAUAAUGUUGUUAAGCGUGGGUUGCAUGCUCAUUCAUUUCUAAGGAAUUGUUGACAGCAUACGAAGUUGGAAGGUUUGAUAUUGCUGUUUGCAAAUAGCUUGAGAGUGUGCAGGACUGUUAACCUCUUCAAAAGUACUGGUGCACUAUUUAGUUCGUAGUAGCAUUUAUGUAAAAAAGCAUCGCAAUCCAAUUUGCUUUAGCUUAUGUUUGACCCUAUUUUUCUUGCUUG